AUGGAGCAGCAGUUGUUAGGCUGCUACAGCCGUCAUGCCAAGACGCUAUUAUUUCACAUCUUGCAUUUGCUGGGAUCGCCUAAAAAGAUUUUGAUCCCCUCUAAAAAAAGUAAUCACCUAAACAUCACUAUUAGGACUAAAGAAUAUACCAUGGGAUUUGGAGCGCAGUCGCUUAACUCGGUCCACAUUCAGGCUAAUAGAUCUCAAACCUCGUCUCAUUACGAUGUUGCCAUUGGAAAUGCCUUGGAUACAGGUUUGGUCAUAUGGGUCUCCUACUCGUUGCUGGGUUGGCUGUUUAUGCCGCCAUGUGCUCAAAAGAACAUGACCAGAUUCAUUCCUCUUCCGGAAGGGUAUGUCAAGAAGUAUUGUGAAGAGUCCCUUGGCUUUGCCGUUGAUGCCUCAUACUUGGUGUUUCCCAACCAGAUAGCGGCGGGCUCACUGUUAUUGCGGCACCAGGUGAUUGCCGUACGCGUCAAUGCUUGUGUCUAG